AUGGCCACCGAUCCAUUUGAUGACCUCCUCGAGCUCGAGAACGACUACUACAAAGAAGGGUUUGAUGCCGGUGUGGCUGACAGCACCUACGCUGGUAUGAUCGAAGGCAAGGUAUUUGGUAUCGAGAAAGGCUAUGAGAAGGCCCUGGAGCUGGGCAAACUACACGGGCGUGCUCUAGUGUGGCGAGAACGAUCGUCUCCUCCCGAGAAGGAUGCUUCCACCAAAUCGGAGGAUUUUGAUUCUUCAAGGCUGGCAGACAUCAUCACAAGCCUCUCUCACCUCUCAGACAAUACUCGCUUUCGAAGGCACGUGGAGGGUCUGUACACUGCUUCCGACGGUGCUACCGUUGCCAAGGACAACUCGGACGAGGCCGUGACCGAGUUUGACGAUCGAGUGACGAAGGCAAAAGCAAAGGCCAAGGUCAUUGCAAAUAUCGUUGGAGAAUCGCUCACUUCAGCGCCUGCCCCAAAUGUGGGCAUUGAAGAUGCCACUGGUUUACAGGCCCGACAUUGA